AUGUCCUCCACCCUCUUUGAUGUUAUUGGCUCUGCUUUACAGCAAUUGCAUUCACAGGAUGAAACGGUGCAAUAUGAGGUUCUUGAAAAUCUGGUGAUGUUUCUCAGGGAUGUCAAAAUAUUUGCUCUUUCUGCCAGGAAAUCGCGGGAUGCUGCAAAUGUAGCAUUUUUUUUAGUAAAGAUUGAAGAUUGUGUUUGCAGGAUUUCAAAGAAUAUUCACACUUUUCAUUCAUCAGGGGAUGGAUUUUCUUCAACAGAUGACAGACAUCAAGCAAUCCAAGAGCCGGAGAGAAGCGUGACGGAUCUUGGAAGAGAAGAUGAGAUUCCUCAAAGGGUCGAGGAUUUCAUCAACUACGUCGUGGUUGAUAAUAUUUUAGAUUUAGUUUCAGCAUCAUAUAGUUCCAUCAUGAAAGAAAUAAAUAGUAUAAAAUCAGAAAUUCAAAAGAGGCCAGAACACAAAGUCGAGGAAUUAACUGCCACCCACAGUCACAUUCAAUCCGCUGUUCCCUCAAUGGCGACGAAGGAAGUGGUUGGCUUCAAUGAUGAGGCUAAAUCCAUUAAAAGAGAGGCUCCUUUGGGGAUCAAAGAAGUUGAUGAUUGUUCCCGUUGUAGAAAGAAGGUCCUAAUGGACCUUUUAAGUCAGGAUGCUCCUGGUGAUUACUCUAAGAUGAGUGUAUAUGAUAUAGGAGACCGGCUAAGGCGUAGUUUAAAGAAAAAGCCAUAUCUCAUUUUCUUGGAUGAUGUAUGGGAAGGUGGAGUAUUGGAGAGUCUUCAAGAAUUUUUCCUUGAUGAUCUCCAAGGAAGUAGAAUCUUGGUGACGAGUCAUCACCAUGAUGUUGCUCCUGAACCUCAUAUACUGAGACAACUGAAUAAGGAAGAAAGCCUUGAUUUAUUGGGAAGGCGGUUAUUCAGGAGAAAUGUAUGGUCCUCAGAGUUAAAUGAUCUCAAGUCGGACAUAUUAGAGCUCAAUUACAGGCAUCUGCCUGAGCAUUUAAAGCCAUGCUUUCUCUAUCUAGCUUCAUUUGAAGAAGAUGAACAAAUCUCGGUCAAAAGUUUGCUUCAGUUAUGGAUGGCCGAGGGAUUUGUUCGCGAAACUCAGGAGAAGCGUCCACUCGAAGUUGCUGAAACGUAUCUGAAUGAUUUGAUUAGAAGAAGUUUAGUUAUGGUCGGUGAACAAAAAUAUGAUGGUAAAGCAAAAACAUGUCGCGUUCACGACUUGCUUCAUGAACUUUGUCUGAGAAAGGCCAAAGAUGAACAAUUGUUUCAUUUCCUGGGAGGACAGUAUAAUGUGCUAUCAGCAUUUGAUGAGCCACUCUACCGGUGGAGAUUAUGCUUUUGCUCCGGCAUAACGGAUUUCACAUCGGCUAAGGUAUUGUACCCUCGUGUUUAUUCUCUGCAUUUCAAGCAUUUUGAAGAAAGACCAUCGAUGCAAAAUAUCUCAUUUAUGAUGCACUUCAGCAAACUGAGAGUGUUGAAUUUGGUAAAAACUCGGUUCGACAAGAUUCCAAGUAGUAUUGGAUUGCUGGUUCGGUUGACCUACCUAGCAAUUCAAUGCUCAGAGAGGUACAUUCCAAGUAAAAUAAGUGAACUUUCUAAUUUGGAAACUUUCAUUUUGAGGGUAAUUGGACAGAAGGAAGUAUAUUUGCAAUCUGGUUUUUUGAAGCUACAAAGAUUGAAAAAUCUCCAUGUGAUCAAGUCCUGGGGAAUUUUGCCCAUAAAUUUUCUUGACAGCACAUCUAAUCUAAUUCAUUUGGAUAAGAUGUCAGGUGUGAAGAUUACUGACUUUGAGGAGGACAACAUGGAAAGUCUAAUGAAAAAGUUUCCAAACAUUCGAAGGUUAAGAUGCGAAUUUGAGGUAUCUGGUGGUCGCCGUGCUGAGACACUGGAGAUUGUAUUUCCUGAGUUAUUGAGUCAACUAGAAUCACUUGAGGUGUCUGUAUUCAGACCUCAUGGACCUUUCCGCGGUUGGGUUGACUUUGGUUUGCCAUUGAAUCUGAGGAAAAUAACAUUGAAAGAGUUUCAUGUGUCGUCGAGGAGUUUACCAGCCAUUGAUGACACAUGGAGAAUGGACGAAAAUGAAUUCUCAAAGCAGAGAUUCUUGCGAUUGGACUUCUAUUUGCUUCGUUCCUGGAGUGGUGAUUAUGGUCAGUUGGAGUGUCUCGAGAAAUUGGAACUGGAAAAUUGCUGGAGUUUUGAAGAGCUACCUUCUUGUCUCGAAAACUGUCCGAUGCUCCAAAUGAUUGAUGUCCGUAUUGUUGGGGAGGACACACCUUACUAG